GCACAUUUGCUCAUCAUAUUGUGUCACUUUAGUACAUCUAAAAUUCCUGGAUCAAGCCAUGUUCGAUACAACCAAAUACUUUCCGCGUUCGGUUGACUCGGAGCAUCCAUCCCAAUCGGAAUCCACCGAGCUUGCGCCCUUGGAUAAUCCGGUUAAGUAUGAUAUGGUUCAUAAUCUAGAGGGAAAUUCUGUGUAUUCCAGUAAAGAGGAUACCGAAGGCAUCCAAGCUGCAGCAGAAGCUCCCAGCUCAACACCCCAGUUGAUGAUUAUUUUCGAGGAUGGGGACAUCAAUAGUGCCCUUCACUUUCUAAUUGAAUCGGUUCAUAAUCCCUUUGCCCCCAAUGCGGUGGCGAUGGUUCUGGUUGAGGAGAGAAUGCGCGAAGAUAUUAUUAAUAGAAUCCUACCCAGACUGCAUCCGCUUUCUGAAUUCGUGGCAGAACAUCCCAAUUAUCUGGCGUCUCUGGAGAAAUGCGAGUCCUACAACCACACUGAGGUAGCCCCUCCUCUGGCCUCCCCGAUUUUUGUGUGCGAAUGCAACCAUGAUGUUCUGGGAAACUACCCCACUGGGGUCAUAACAUUCUACACAUUCCGGAACAAUCGGGAGGCCAUUGACAUAUGCCAGCGGGAAACCCUGAACUUCGCAUCCGUCUCCAUUUGGAACGAAACUCUUGAGGGAUCUUAUGAUCUCGUGGUGGCCCUCAAUUCAUCCAAUUUCUUUUUGAACUGCUCGAAUGUUAAUUUGUCACCGAUCUCCAAGCAUUUCGAAGCCGAGCGAAAUCAUGUGGUUAUUGAAAAUGCCUUCCACUACGAAACAAUUUGCAUCUACGAAAAGUUUAAAAUCAUCGUAUUUCCCAUUGGCGAGUUGAUUCUGGCAGGUACCGAAGAUUCCAAGGAGGAGCAAUCACCCAUCUCCUUUUUGGAGUCUUGAGAUUAAAAUAUCUUGUUGGUUUCCUCGUCAAAAAUCGUGUAAUUCAUAACCAAAUCUGGCUGACCAAAAUGUUUGCCAAAUACAAAUUGUAAGUUA